GCGGCCCCCAGCCCGCCUCGGCCAUGGGCAAUGGGCUGUCGGAGCCCGGCCCCGGCCUGCUGGCCGGCCUGCCCCCCUUCCAGUGCUUCCACAUCGUUAUCCUGGGCCUGGACUGUGCCGGCAAGACCACGGUGCUGUAUCGGCUGCAGUUCGACGAGUUCGUGAACACGGUGCCCACGAAGGGCUUCAACACGGAGAAGGUACGCGUGACGCUGGGCAACGCCAAGACCGUGACCUUCCACUUCUGGGACGUGGGCGGCCAAGAGAAGCUGCGGCCGCUGUGGAAGUCGUACACGCGCUGCACGGACGGCAUCGUGUUCGUCGUGGACUCGGUGGACGUGGAGCGCAUGGACGAGGCCAAAACGGAGCUGCACCGCAUCACGCGGCUGGCCGAGAACCAGGGCGUGCCCGUGCUGCUCGUGGCCAACAAGCAGGACCUGCGCGACUCGCUGCCGCUGGCCGAGAUCGCGCGGCUGCUGGCCGUGGGCGAGCUGGCCGCGUCCACGCCCUGGCACCUGCAGCCCACCUGUGCCAUCAUCGGCGACGGCCUGCGCGAGGGGCUCGAGAAGCUGCACGAGAUGAUCUUGAAGCGCAGAAAGAUGCUGCGCCAGCAGAAGAAGAAGAGAUGAGGCCGCGCGCGCGCCCCGGGACCCUCCGCGGCCUGGGAGCUGACCAGCAGACAGACAGCAGCUGCAGGCGUUGGACGUCGAGUCCCUAGGGAAAUAAAGCUGUGGACGGUGUCUGUCUGUCUGUCCGCCCGCCCUCCUGCCUUUAGGCUUAAACGCCCCGGAAUGGAAGUGUGAAGAGGGGUCGGGAGACUGGUAUUUAUUGUCGGGGUCCUCCCGCGGG